GACAUAUCAUGAAUCGCAAAGAAACCAUGUCAAAACCCUAAUUUUUCAGCUUUUCUUGUUCACAGUUUUCGUGUUCAUUUGUGUAAUAAUUUCAAUUUUCUUUAUUAUUCUUUUCCAAUGGCGACGACAGAAGCAGCAAAAUUCAAGAAAUCCGACCUUAUACCGAUCCCACAACCACCAGAUUACCACCCGGAGAUAACCGUCUCGCCGCAGCACGACGGCCUGCACUUUUGGCAGUUUAUGAUCGCUGGUUCCAUCGCCGGCAUGGUCGAACACAUGGCCAUGUUCCCAAUUGACACAAUUAAAACCCGUAUGCAAGUAUUAGGAUCAUGCCCCAUUAAAUCUGCUGGACUCCGACAAGCUCUUCAGUCGAUACUCAAGUCCGAUGGUCCCGCCGGUCUGUACCGUGGAAUCGGAGCGAUGGGACUCGGUGCAGGUCCGGCACACGCUGUUUAUUUUUCCGUAUACGAGAUGUGUAAAGAGACGUUUUCAAGGCAGCACCCAAAUAAUCCGGCAGCUCAUGCGGCGGCGGGGGUUUUCGCGACUGUGGCAAGUGAUGCAGUGUUUACUCCAAUGGAUAUGGUGAAGCAGAGGCUGCAGUUAGGAAGUGAGAGUCCGUAUAAAGGUGUGUUCGAUUGUAUAAGAACAGUGUUGAAAGAAGAAGGAUUUGGGGCUUUUUAUGCUUCGUAUAGAACAACGAUUUUGAUGAAUGCGCCAUUCACGGCUGUCCAUUUUGCGACCUAUGAGGCGGCGAAGAGGGGUUUGUUGGGUGUCUCACCGAAUAGUGCCAGUGAUGAACGGUUGGUGGUUCACGCUACUGCUGGUGCAGCUGCAGGAGCAUUGGCUGCUGCUGUCACUACUCCACUUGAUGUUGUCAAGACUCAGUUGCAGUGUCAGGGUGUGUGUGGAUGUGAUAGAUAUGCAAAUGGUUCAAUUAGGGAUGUAUUAAGAACAAUAUUGAGAAAAGAUGGAUACAGAGGGCUUUUCAGGGGAUGGAUGCCAAGGAUGCUCUUUCACGCUCCAGCUGCAGCCAUUUGCUGGUCAACAUAUGAAGCUGGAAAAUCAUUUUUUCAAGACAUAAAUACCGAUGAUAGAACUUCAAAUCAGACUCAAAUUGGUGUGAUUGAGGCAAAACAGAAGAAGGAUUUAUCUGUAAGUUUUGCAGGAAAUUUUUCUUACUGUCCAUUACCACUGCUAUAUUAUUGGAUUUUUGCGGAUGCAAGUGAAAUGUUAGUUGUUGAAUAA